AUGUGGCUGCCUGUGCAAGCACGGCCGCUAGCAUGCCAUUGGCCAAUGUCUGUAUCCUCCACACUCGACGGCUGCGCUGGUGCUCGUAUUCAUUCUCUUGCUGCUAGUAAGAGCCUCAGCCUGUUGUUUCCUUUGGCAACCCUCGCGUCGUCUCUCGUCCCCCACGAGCCCCAUCUCUACUCUACACCACCAAGGCAAACACCUGUCUUUGGCACUUCCACUUUCACGUCCACGCAACGCAUCCCCAUCACUCCUUGCCCUUGGUCAGGAUUGCAUCUACGAAGCCGUCCCGCCUGCUUUGCUGCUUUCGAGCAGUGCAUCGCCAGCGGUAUCCGCACACUGGCACCUGUAUUGCAUAAACUGUGCAAUUCUUUGUCAACGCGACCAAGGCAAACGCCUGUUUCCGUGCAAAAGAAGCAACCUUGGCCUCAGAAAGACAGCCUGUGUCCCUGCGUCGUGCAUAAACCCCGUUACCUAGUGAAAGACUACCUGGCGGACGACGGGACAUUCACUUUCAAACCUCGUACCAUAUCGAUCGCGCACAACAUAUCCUCCUCCACCAGAAGAAUGGACGCGAACCCAUCACAACAGACACAGCCGCUGACCCAGCAAGUGCUCGACCCUCGGCGAUUGGGAAGAAACAAUUCUGGUCUCAAUGAUGGCGACAUCGCUGACGUCCUUCUUAUCCUUCAUCCGGCAACGCCCACAGCGAUACGCAUCGUCGAACAGGCAGCACAUCAGCGGCCCGAACAUGUGCUCUUCCGCAACUCUCUUGAAUCAAUGGGCAGCUCCUUAACCGACAUCGAAGAGCAGGAAACAAUCAUCAUCGAUGUUCAUGGUGACAGGACGGGACAUAAUUCACGUGCCGGCGCUGACCUGGCUUUGCGAAUGUCUUCGGCUCGUCGACUGAAAUGCAAGGAUCUUGGUUUCAUCUUCGGUCGCAACCCCGCAAGCGCAGACAUCAUAUUUGGGAACGAUUCCGGAAAGCGGAUCAGCAACCAGCACUUUCGGAUAUACUUGAACACAGAUGGCAUCAUCAUGCUCGAAGACAUGUCGACAAAUGGUACAAUUGUCGAUGACGUGCUGUUGAAGUGCAAAGACGCUCGAUUCUCCAAGAUUCGGAUGCUAAGCUCAGGUUCCAUCAUCUGCAUACAGAACUCAAAUGACGCAGAGAUGAUCAAGUUCAUAGUCCGCAUACCAUCGCGCGUGACUUCAAUGUCGCGUUUUCAGGAGAACCUCCGUAGAUUCAUAACCGAAUGCACCCCUCACACGGACGAAGAUCAAGAUGAAGCUGUGCAGCGGAUCACACAGCAUUACGGUGGGCCUGCCAUGAAGUGGGAUGGAGGUGCAAAUUACAAUAUAAUUGGUCAAGUUGGUAAAGGCGCCUUUGCGACUGUGUACCAAAUCGCGACCAAAAUGGAUGGCAAAGUUCUUGCUGCGAAGGAGCUUGAAAAGCGCCGCUUCGUCAAAAAUGGCAUGUUGGACAAGAAGAUUGACAACGAGAUGAGAAUUAUGCAAGACCUGCGACACCCGAAUAUUGUCGAAUUUGUGGAGUACCAUGACCAAGGCGAUUACCUGUAUAUCAUUAUGGAAUUUGUACGUUGUGGGGACUUGCAAGGUUACCUUAACCAAGUCGGGCUGAUGAAGGAAGAUGUUGCGAAGACGAUGGCCCAGCAAAUCUUGAGUGCGCUCCAUUAUCUCCAUCAAUCACAAAUUACGCAUCGCGACAUUAAGCCAGACAAUAUACUUAUCGCUGACGUGGAUCCAUUUACGGUCAAAUUAUCAGACUUCGGCCUGUCCAAGGUGGUCAAGCACGAUGAGACUUUUCUCAAGACCUUCUGUGGCACAUUGUUAUAUUGCGCUCCCGAGGUAUUUCCCGACUACGGCACUGGCUCCGUCAGAGGUACCAAGCGUCGUCGCGGCGCGAAGGUGUACCAUUCGUACAGCUCCUCAGUGGACAUAUGGUCGUUCGGAGGUGUUUUAUGGAAUGCCCUCUGUGGUGAGCCACCUUUCAAGGGCAUUUCGGAUGCUACUGGAGAAGCCAUGUACAACAAUAUCAUGUCCUCACACCUUGAUCCAACGCCACUGCAGAGAGCUGGCGUCUCAGCUCAGUGCAUCGAUCUGCUUAUGCAGAUGCUUCGCACCGAUCCCUCCAGACGCCCGACUGAUCGAGAGUGUCUCAGCCAUGAAUGGUUGAAGGAUGGAGCUGAUGUUCUAGCCGAUCCCAUCUUACAGUCCAUCGUCGAAGAAGAUGAGUUGGAAGACCCGGAAGAGCAGCUUUCUCAGCUAAAUAUACGUGAGAAAGUCCCUGAGUCAGAUGAGGACGAAGAGGCAGACAUCCUUUCCGACGAUGAGCUUAUGGGCUUACUGGACGAUCGAGCUUCCAAACGGCCACGAGCUGACCCACUCUUCCCACGGAACCAGCUCCGUGACCACGAUGACUCCAGUGCAGCUCCUUCAUUCCAAUCGUCGCAUCUAGUGGGGGAAGGCGAGAGCUUCCAAAUCAUGCCAAAGGCGAGGCAGCCACGCUUAUUUGGUGAGAUCGGGCAGUCUGUUCUGCAAAGCUUCAGGACCCUCCAUGCUCAUGCGGAAGAUGCCUUGGCUGAUGACCAGUUCAUCCAUGGUACGCCAGAUACUGGCGAGGCGGAUAUCAGUCACACCGUCGGUGGAGCUGAGCAGGACGGGGCAUCUACACCACAUUCCAAAGGAGGCUGCAACUUCUCGUCUCCAAGUCUGCUAGGUACAGAAUCUCUUGUGCGCGAUAUGAACGUAACAUCGCCACACUCGCCAGGGUCAAGGGCUCAGAGCCCCGCUCUGCCCGCCACGCCAAAAACACCAGAGUUCCUACAGAACAGCUCGCUACAUCGGUCGUCAGGGAACUUCAGCCAGAUUAGCGAGCCGACGCCUAAGGCUAGGCAGCCUGGCAUCAAUCGACAAAUCAGUCUUCCCGUGACGGCAUCUUACUUCUAUGACCCCAUGGAUCCCAGCACACAUAAUCUAGAGUAUGCUUCUAGAGUGAGUGGUAUUGACUUUGUGUCACAGGGAAGUCUCACAGAUGGUGGCGCAGGAACAGAGAGCAACACCACGCACGGCUCACAAGCCAGCGGAUAUUCGACAAGCUCAAGCGCGGCAGCAGUGUCCGCACCAGCCGUCCCUAGUGUUCCCGACCAGCUGAAUAAUGGACCGUCGACGCGUCAUCUCGGGAAGUUGGUCGCCACUCCGGAAUCCUUUGCUUCGAAUCUCGUUCUGAACAUCGAUCAAAGCACGACGUCUUGGGGGCGUCUACCCAAGAACACAAUCGUGUACGAGGACUCGCAUGACACGCGCAUCCCAAAAACGGCUUUCAUCAUCUUCUGGUACUCUUCGGGUGGGGACAGCCGGAACAUAGUGGAUGAGCUGUCGCAAAAAGGCAAAGAUUGGACGAGCCUUGAAAAUCUCCAUGUCGGCAUCUGGACAUGUGCAACAUUUGGCAUCACGGUGAAUGGCAAGCUUCUCAAAGAGCACAACGACAAGGGAUAUGCACUGUAUGGUCAUUUGCAUACAGGCGACAUUGUGCAAGUGUAUCAAGACCCCAAAGGACCCGCCUGUCAGAAAUUUAGAUGCGAGUUCUAUCUCGGAUCUGGCCGUGAGCCCCGGCCAGCUGGCAGCAGUUUCGACACUCUGGUCGGGACCAAGCGACCCGGUUUUGAAGUGACAUGUGGCCCGAAACAGAACAAGGGUAGGUCCAAGGCCAGACAUGUAUUCUACGCUGCGAGUGGACACACCCAGUCCACUUUGCCCGUCCACACCCUCUUCCCAGUGCAUCCGUCUCGCGCCAUGAGGCACUUUUGGGCCCUGCCCGCUGUAUUGCGCAUUGCGCUUGCAAGCCAGCACGCCUUCAGUGUGUUUGAUGACCUGCUUGCAUUCCCCCAGUAUGAAAUCGCAUGGCCAGACACGUUUGUUUCCGAAAAGCAUGCGACAUCGCUCCUCUCUCAGGGCUACUCACCCAGCUCCAGUGCCACGACACCCGGCACGCAAGCGACGCAAGAGCUCUCCAAGCGCGCGGCCUCGCACGCAGACAGCCCGCUGCCCACCGAAAAGAGCCUGGGUCAGACGUAUGAGGCGGUUGUGUUGCACGGGCAGCGCUACCUCUGCAGCAUACCCGUGAUUCCCGACCAGGAGCCGCAAAACAGCACAACGUCGGCCGAAGAUGCCAAAGCUGAGGAGGAGAAGGAAUUAGUGCGCGCCGCAGAUCGUGGGUGGCAGCUGCUCGAAGGCAUGCGUGGCAACUGCAUCUACUACCUCAGCGGCUGGUGGAGCUAUAGCUUCUGCUACAUGGAUCAUGUCAAGCAGUUUCACCAACUACCGCCUAGUCGGGGGGUGCCCAUCUAUCCGCCCGUUGAAGACACUAGUGUGCACAGCUUCAUCUUGGGCAGAUACCCAAAGAACGACAAAGGCAGCAAAGCCGGCGGGCACAAGUCGUUGGGCAGCGAGCAGGGCAGCAAGGCAGCAUUCGACGACGAGGGCAAUCACCAAGAGGAUAAGGGCCUCGAAGUGCCACGUCUGGAGACCAAGGGCGGCAGCAGAUACAUGGUGCAGCGACUUUCGGAAGGUACCGAAUGCGACCUCACGGGGAGGCCGCGCAAGAUCGACAUCCAGUUCCACUGCAACCCCCAAUCUGCCGACCGCAUCGCCAUGAUCAAAGAGACCAGCACUUGUUCCUAUUUCAUGAUCAUUGACACCCCCCGCCUCUGCCGCGACGCUGCCUUUCAGCCGCCCCAAAAGAACCUCGCCCACCCCAUCGCCUGCCACCCUGUGGUUCCAGACUCCCAAUUUGAUGCCUGGACCGCCGCGAGAAUAGAUUCCGAGAGUGCUGCGCAAGCCGAGCACCCAACCACCGAACCCGACACAGCCAAAUCGAACCCUCUGCGCGACAUGAGCGAAGGCGUCGAGGGCACUACUAAACCUAGGCCCAUCAUUGGCGGCAUAGAAGUUGGAGGCCAGACCCUCGUUGGCAGCGAAGGUAAAGUGAUUGAGAAAAGCGUGGUGGUGGGAGGCGGCAAAGAAACCUACAUUGGCACCGUCGCCAGCAGUACAGGCAAGCAAAUGUCCAAGGAAGAAAUGAAGAAGCUUGAAAUUGCCGAUCCGAAGGAUGUGGAGAAGCUCAAAGGGAAUCUGAAGAAGUUGGCGGGCAGGAAGGGGUGGAAGUUGGAUCUCGUGGACACACCGAGAGGCAGGGAGUUUAGGGGUAUCAUUGAGGCAGAUGAAGAAGACGCAGAGACGGAGAAGAAGGUUGAGGAGGGCGAAGGGAGAGCAGAGGAGAAGCACGGUGGCAUGGACAAGGGCAAGUGGGCAGGAGGCGAUGGCGAUGAGGAGCGGCAGGUCGAGUACGAAGAGGAAGAAGAGGUGCAGGAAGGUAGCGAAGAGGUUUACAAGGACGAAUUGUAA